GAAAUUUUAAACGAAACAGACGAAAAAAAAAAUAAAAUUUUCGUCACAUUUUUAAAUAAAAACUUUUUAAACGAACUUAAACAAAAAAACACAAAACAAUCAAAAUGACUGAAAAUGGAAAGACAUUUGGAGCACCAAAGGAUCAGGAUGUCGAGGAUCCAAUUAAAUACGGAAAUGACGAGAAACCAUCGAAAAUUCUCCGUGCAUUAACUGUUAGCGUUUAUUUGUUUUCCGUGUCAUUUGUGGCUAUUCUCCUGUCGCUGUAUUAUAUAUUUUUAUGGAAUCCAGACAGAGAAAACACAGCAAGACUGACUGAUGAUGCUGGCGAGUAUUAUGUAUCAGAAGCUUAUCACACAAACGAACGAUUAUAACAAGACUCAGCGAAAAAAUGCGAAGGUAAA